AUGGAAAGUGAUCACAGAAAAUAUUACACUAUAGAUUGUGGUGGGAAUCAAGUUGCAAAUACCAUCAUUGUUGACCAACAAGGAAAAGGAGCAUUCCAAACAAUUCAAGCUGCCAUUGAUUCUAUAAAGAGUCAAAAUAAUCAAUGGAUUAUGAUUAAUAUAAAUCCUGGCAUAUAUAAGGAAAAAGUUCUUAUACCUGAUAGAAAGUCGUGCAUUAUUUUAAAAGGAUCAGGUAGCAAUAACACAAUCAUUACUUACGACGAUUCAUCUCAUAAAGUUGGCACAUCCAUGAGUGCUACAUUUCAUUCAUCUCCACCUAAUGUAAUUUUGAAUGGCAUUACAUUCAAGAACACAUAUGGAUCUGAUGGACCAGCAGUAGCAGCUUCAAUAUAUGGUGAUAAGUCUGCGAUUUUUGAAUGUAGUUUCAUUGGUUAUCAAGAUACUUUGCUAUCAUCAAAGGGACGUCAAUACUUUAAAAAUUGUUAUAUUCAAGGUGAAGAUGACUUCAUUUUUGGGGAAGGUCAAUCUUAUUUUGAGAAUUGUGUAAUGAAUGCCACUCAAGCAGAAUCUAAACCUUCAGGUUUUGUAACAUCACAACGUAGGGAAUCACCAAAUGAUCCAAAUGGUUUCGUUUUUAGAGGAGGGUACGUUGUUGGAAAUGGUACAGUGAGUCUUGGAAGACCUUGGGGCCCUUACUCAAGAGUUAUAUUUUGGGGAACAUAUUUUACGUCAGUGGUAACUCCUCAGGGAUGGGAUGCCCCAGGUUUAGAUGAAGGCCAAGAGCAAAACCUCACAUAUGCAGAAGUUAAUUGUACAGGACCUGGGGCCAACAUUGAGAAACGUGUCAAGUGGGAAAAGAAACCAGAUAGCUUAAACUUGAAUGAAUAUACUUUGUCAUCUUUCAUAAAUAAUGAUGGAUGGCUUGCCAACGUACCAUCUAUUUUAUUGUAG